CCUGCGGGCCGAGAGAACGUAUUUUAAUUAUAAAAAAAAUUCCCUUUUUUUUAUCAAAGCGCCGACGGACGGCCUCCGUGACCCGACUCGGCCUUUAAAUGGCAGUCCAUUUAUGAUAUUUUCACAAGAAAAAAAGUCUUUUUUAUGGAAUUUUUUGUUUUUUCCCUGGAGUCUUCAGCUGAAGGUCACUAGUUGUAUCAGCUGUCAUUUUGGAGUUUUUUAUCUUAUCACAUCGCGGUUUUCGAGCGAAGGUUAAAGAAAAUGUGGAAAACGUCUCCGCUCGGUUCGUCCCAUAUUCCUCAUUCACUCUCCCCUUGACAAUAAACCAAUUUUGAAUAAAAAUAAAAUACAAAAAAAUAGUUUUCUUUUAAAAUUAUAUUAGUUUGUUUUAUAAUAAAAAUAUGAUCGUAAGUAGCCCUUACAGACGUCUAUCAGUUCUCUACAGGAUUCUCAACGUGAAAAAAAACCCGACACUUUCACUUAAUUAUUGUUCUUCAAGACAAAAAAACGAAGGUGAGAACAGCGUGAGCAUUGGAGAUGUUAGAAAAACAGUAAAGCCCACCAAAAACCCGCAGUAUGUCCCAAGAAGUUAUUUGUUGAAAGAACCAGACCAGGAGACACUCCACCAUCUACGAUGGAUGUUACAGAAAGACAUGCUUUCUCAGGAUAUCUUUCUUGUUGGACGGCCUGGCCCACUGAAAAGAAGAUUGGCCAUGCAGUUUCUUGAGCUAACAGAAAGAGAACUUGAAUUUGUUUCCCUUUCGAGAGAUACAACAGAGGCCGAUCUUAAACAAAGGAGAGAAAUAGAAUCCGGUACAGCGAAAUACAUCGAUCAGAGUGCUGUUAGAGCUGCACUUGAAGGGAGAAUCCUUGUUUUGGAAGGAAUCGAAAAGGCAGAAAGAAACGUACUACCAGUUCUGAACAAUUUGCUCGAAAACCGAGAGAUGCAUCUCGAGGAUGGGAGAUUCCUUAUACCAGCAAAACGCUUUGACAAACUCCUUGAGGAACAUGGCAAGGAAGAACUAGACAAGUGGAAGCUGGUGAGGGUUAGUGAGGAUUUCAGAGUAGUAGCCCUCGGACUCCCUGUUCCAGGAUAUCAAGGAAAUCCGUUGGAUCCUCCACUAAGGUCAAGGUUCCAGGCUAGAGAUAUACCAUCCACUUCUUAUCAGGAUUUGUUGAAAAGGUUGUCCACUGAAUAUCGAAAUGUUCCCCAAGAUAAAUUGACGACUUUGCUCUCAUGUGCAUAUGCCUUGAUUUCUCCCGAAGCGACAUCGCUUGGAUUGCCAGAUUUCCCCAUUGAAAACAUUCAUUUUGGAACAAAGUUGAUGGAGUUGUUUCCUUGGUUGAACGUUGGAGAUGUACUUAGUAGACUGUACCCAGGGAAUUACAUGUUGAACAAAGAUGGGCUGGCUAGUGUUAAAGCUAUUUUAGACACUUUUAAAGUUGGGGCACCAUGCCUCGAAACAAGGGUGAAUGAAGUAGUUUGUUCUCUUGAAGGAGCUAAAGCGACUUUACAUUCAAAUGGAUUAAACACUUCAGUCCAACUAAACUGCGGACCUGGUCUUUCUGAAGACCUGGUCAACUUUGUCAGAACUCCUUACCAUGAUAACUUCCUCGCCGGCCUCACUGAAAGCCAUGUCGCAGGCGAUUUCUGCAUAAUUGGCCCGAGGGGAUGUGGUAAAUCCUUGAGCGCUCUGAGAUUUGCAAAACUCCUUGGUUACACAGUGGAACCUAUUGUAUUAUAUCAAGACAUGACUUCUAGGGAUUUAAUUCAACAAAGAGCAACUCUUGAGAAUGGUGAUACAUACUGGAAAAAUUCACCUUUAGUCUCAGCAGCCCUAGAAGGAAAACUUGCAAUACUUGAUGGUUUACAUCGAGUUCAUCCAAGCACCCUUUCCAUAUUACACAGGUUAGUCCAGGAUAGAGAGUUACAACUUCAUGAUGGAAAACGCCUCAUAAAGCAUAAUCGAUACGAUGAGUUAGUGCAAAAGUAUGGACAAGAUAUUAUUGAUGCAUCAGGAUAUUUGAAAAUCCAUCCUUCAUUUAGGAUAAUCGCAUUGGCCGAGCCGAAUUCUCCAAACACGAUACCAUGGUUAAAUCCAGAGCUGCUCAGUCUGUUUAUUUAUCACGAAAUGAGGCCAAUGACGAUUGAAGAAGAAGUUCACAUUAUAAAAAGUAUUCAUAAAAAAGUUCCAAGAUCUGUACAGAAAGUUUUGGAAAUUUCCCAUUCGCUUCGACAAUCCUCAGAACCCAUGCUUCUAUCAUUGGCAAGCUCUUUGUCAACGAGACAGCUACUCAGGAUUUCACAAAGAGCUGUUAAUUAUGAAGAAAAUGAUGCUUACAGUGUAAUUCAGAGGGCGUGCUUAGCCAAAUUUUUACCCCCAUUGGCAAAGCAAACUUUAGAUACAAUUCUUUCAAGAGCUGGCCUUGUUGAGUCCAGUCUAGAAGAUAAUUUGAAUAAGAAAAUUACAGUGAACGACAAUACUGUAACAGUUGGCAAUACAACAGCUCCAAUUUUUCAAACAACUGCUACAAGCAAAGUUCCUGAUAUCCUUUUCUAUGAUGUUCCACAGCAUGUAGGGCUCUUAGAAAGGCUCAUGCAAGACUUUAUCCUCGGAGAACAUUUGCUGCUUGUAGGUAAUCAGGGAGUUGGCAAAAAUAAAUUGGCAGACAAACUUUUGCAACUUCUCAACAAACCAAGGGAAUAUAUUCAGCUUCACAGAGAUACAACAGUUCAAUCUUUGACUCUGCAGCCAACAGUCAAAAAUGGAGUUGUAUCUUAUGAGGACUCACCUUUGGUGGUUGCUGUGAAAAAUGGACAUGCGUUGGUCGUAGAUGAGGCAGAUAAAGCUCCGACUCACGUUACAUGCAUAUUAAAAACAUUAGUUGAAAGUGGAGAAAUGAUACUUUCUGACGGUAGGAGAAUUGUAAGCAAUAAAGAUCCAAGAGCAGCAAUGGAAAUAGACGGAAUCAUCCCAAUCCAUCCAGACUUCCGAAUGAUAGUUUUGGCAAACCGUCCAGGUUUCCCAUUUUUAGGGAAUGACUUUUUCGGCGCCUUAGGUGAUUUAUUCAGCUGUCACUCUGUCGACAAUCCAAGCAGAGAUUCAGAAAUUGAGCUUCUGAAAAAUUACGGACCUAAUGUACCAGCUGACAUUGUGCACAAGUUAGUCGGCGCUUUUGGAAAACUGAGAAUUAUGGCUGAUCAAGGUCUAGUCGCGUAUCCUUAUUCAACAAGGGAAUUGGUCAAUAUCAUAAAACAUCUUCAGGCUUUUCCCGAAGACAGUUUGUCAGAAGCUGUAGGAAAUGUCUUCGACUUUGACAGAUACAGCAGUGAUGCAAAGGAGACUUUGUUGGAUGUAUUAUCAGAAUAUAACAUCCCUGUUGCAAUGACAACAGAAGAAAGAGCAAAAAAUCGAAAAAGGGUUCAAAUGACAAUUGACAAAGAUAGCGGUAAAGAUGUUUCCUCGCCGAAACAUGGUAAAGUCGAUGAGAAGAAUGAGCCCCAUGUCGGCGGCAACACUUGGGCAGGUGGUACCGGCGGACGGGACACAGCAGGUCUGGGCGGAAAAGGAGGCCCUUACAGAUUAGACGCCGGGCAUGACGUUACUCAAAUCAGUGAUGAGGAGAAAGCUGCUGUACCUGAGCACAUCAAGAAAGCGGCACGUGAAAUGGGUCAAAAGGCCUUCAAAGCAAAACUUGAGGAAAUUAAAAUGAGCGCCUAUGACGCCAAUCUCUAUGAGGAGUUCUUAUUAUCUGUUUCAAAACAAGUACAAGCUUUAAGAGUAAUACUGAGCUCGCUUCAGGCAAAAUCUAAAGAGAGGCAGUGGCAGCGACAUCAGACCACUGGUGAAUUGGAUGAUACAAAAUUAAUUGAAGGUGUCACUGGUGAGAAAAACAUUUAUCGAAGGAGAACCGAUAAAGAGCCAGAAGUUGGUUCACCACAGUUAAAGCCAAAAAGGUUGAAAUUGGUCGUCGACGUUUCUGGCAGUAUGUACAGGUUCAACGGAUAUGACGGCCGUAUGGAUAGACAGUUGGAGGCUGUCGUCAUGGUCAUGGAAGCAUUCAAAGGUUACGAGUCUAAAUUCCAAUAUGAUAUUGUUGGCCAUUCAGGAGAAUCACCUAGUAUUUCAUUCAUUGAAAAAACAAAUCCUCCACCUGACAACAAACAACGACUGGCUGUUAUUAGGACAAUGCACGCUCAUUCACAAUUUUGCAUGUCUGGUGACUACACCCUUGAGGCAACAGAAGAUGCAAUAAAGAGCCUUGCUAAGGAAGACUGUGAUGAAGCUAUUGUUAUCGUUCUUUCUGAUGCAAAUCUCAGGCGUUAUGCCAUUCCUGUUAAAGAGCUAAGCCAAAGCCUUAUUUGUGAUCCUCGAGUUGAAGCUUACAUUAUUUUCAUAGGAUCAUUGGGAAACGAAGCAGAAAGGUUGAAAAAUGCUCUUCCUGCUGGUAAAGGCUAUCUGUGUUUGGAUUUGAAAAACCUGCCUCAAAUUUUACAAACCAUAUUCACUUCUUCGAUGUUAAAAUCAUAAUUUAACCAUUCCAUGACAUAUAUAAUGUAAUGUUAAUUUUUUUGA